UCUACACUGACGUCACGAAAACCUAAAGGUUUUGCAAACUAUCUAGAAUAAGGAUUAGAUAUAAAUACGGGCUUCCAUUGAGUUGUCAUAUGGAUUUGGGACGACAAUUGGGCCAGCGAUUGGAGGGUUUCUUUAUCAGGUGACGUUUGUUGUUCUUACUUUAUGUACAAUUUUAAUAAAUCUGCACAUAUUUAGAGACCUUUAUAAAUCUAUUUUAAAAUAUCUGAGUUCUGUUGUUGGUAUUUAAUAUUAAAACAAUAUAUAUAUGUGUGUAUGAGUGUUGUUAUGAAGAUGAAAAAAGCAGUAUGUCUUUAAGAUGAUAUCUUUCCGUUGCAUGAAAUAUCAUUUUAACUUGGUAUUAAUUUUUAUUAUUUUUGACUUUACCUUAUUAAUCUGUAUUCAGUUGUUACAAUCGUAUAUUCAAUAAGCUCCAUUUUUGCCCGGUUUGUGUUUUUCUGUUGAUAAGUUUCUUUUUACUUUAAUUAAAGAUGGACUUCGUUUUUAACUCAAUGUGCAUUUUGAUAGAAAUAUUUAGUAAUUUGGACCUGAUAUUUACAUAAUUUCAGGCAGGAGGGUAUAUGGUUCCAUUUUUUGUUCUUGGAGGAAUUUUAAUUACGCUUGCCUUUAUGACUUUUUUAUUUCUACCAGAAUCAGAAAAAACGUUUCAAGAAGAAAGUGGAGAUUUUAUCAGAGUAAUUCUGGACAUGGGGUUUUUCGUAGAUAUGCUUAAUAUCCUAACAGGACUUCUGUUUAUUGGCUUUAACGAAGCUACACUAGAGCCACACAUUAGACAGUUCGACCUGGAGCAUUCCACAAUAGGGCUGAUAUUUGUUGUUUGUGGCGGAGUGUACGUCUGUGGUACUUUAUUCUGGGGAUACGUUUCUGACAGAAUGCCUCGUUCCCGUUCGCCUUUGUUAUUUGCCAGUGUACUCUUUGGAGCAAGUUGUUUAUUACUGGGACCAGCUCCAUUUAUUUCUAUGGAAACCUACCUCUGGAUGGUGAUUGUUGCGCAAGGACUGAUGGGAUUAGGCUCAGCAGCCAAGCUUGUCGUGGGAUUCAACCAUUCCUUACAGCAUACAAUAUCACGAGGCUUUCCUGAUGACAUACCAACAAUAGCGGUAGUUGCAGCAGCUUUUAAUUGUGUUAACAGUCUCGGUGAAUUCAUCGGACCAUCGAUAGGUGGAGCUUUAGUAGAAAAUGUAGGCUACAAAUCUGGAACCAUGGUUCUGUUAGGGAUAGAAAUGGCUGUUGUUCUUGAUAUUCCAGUCAGUAUCAGAGUAGCUGGACAGAAGGUACUUGUUACUCCAGUCAGUAUCAGAGUAGCUGGACAAAAGGUUCUUGAUAUUCCAGUCAGUAUCAGAGUAGCUGGACAGAAGGUACUCGUUACUCCAGUCAGUAUCAGAGUAGCUGGACAAAAGGUUCUUGAUACUCCUGUCGGUAUCAGAGUAGCUGGACAGAAGGUACUUGUUACUUCUGUCAGUAUCAGAGUAGCUAGACAGAAGGUUCUUGUUACUCCUGUCGGUAUCAGAGUAGCUAGACAGAAGGUACUCGUUACUCCUGUCAGUAUCGGAAUAGCUGGACAGAAGGUACUCAUGUCUCCAGUCAGUAUCAGAGUAGCUGGACAGAAGGUUCUUGUUUCUCCUGUCGGUAUCAGAGUAGCUGGACAGAAGGUUCUUGUACUCCAGUCAGUAUCAGAGUAG